AUGGGGAAAGCUAAAAUAUCAAGUAUUGAAAUUUUAGAUCAGCUGUCAAGAAAUAUUUUAAUAGGUGAUUUUACUGAUGAUAGGAAAUCAUCAAGAAAAGUAAAAGAUCGAGCAGAUCGAGGAACUGUUGAACAGGUUAUGGAUACACGAACUCGUUUAAUUCUAUAUCGCCUUCUCCAAAAGGGCAUUUUUUCAUCGAUCGAUGGUUGUAUAAGCACUGGCAAAGAAGCAAACGUUUAUCACGCAAAAAAUGGUGAAACUAAGAGUUUGGCUUUGAAAGUGUAUAAAACAAGUAUAUUAAUUUUUAAGGAUCGUGAUCGAUAUGUCACUGGGGAAUUCAGAUAUCGGCGUGGAUAUUGCAAACAUAAUCCGAGGAAAAUGGUUGCUACAUGGGCCGAAAAAGAAAUGAGAAAUUUAUUAAGGAUGUAUCAAAACGGUCUGCCUGUUCCUAAACCUUAUGCACUGAAAGGUCAUGUUGUUGUUAUGGAUUUCAUUGGCAAAGAUGGUUGGCCUGCACCGUUAUUAAAGAAUGCGAAUAUAUCUGAAUCACUUGCCGAAAAAUUUUAUUUGCAAUUGGUGCGUAAUAUGAGGGAUUUGUAUCGUCAAUGUCGAUUAGUGCAUGCUGAUUUGUCUGAAUAUAAUUUAAUUGUUUGUGAUGAGCAGUUAUAUAUUAUUGAUGUUUCACAAUCUGUUGAACAUGAUCAUCCACAUUCUUUGGAUUUCCUUCGAUCUGAUUGCUCGAAUGUAACCAAAUUUUUUCAUGAAAGAGGAGUUGCAGUCUUAUCAGUUCGUGAUCUUUUUCAGUUUAUCACGGAUUCUUCAAUAAAAAAUGAGUCUGAUAUUGAUAAAUUUCUGAAUAAAAGGUCGUGUGAAGCGAAAGAAGAUGAUAUAUUAUUUAUGAACGCGUUUAUCGCACAAAAACUGGAUCAUGUGCUAUAUUUUGAACGAGAUUCACUUAUGGCGAAGGAAGGUGAAGAAGUACCCAAUCCUUAUCAGACAAUGAUUUCAAAAGUCGAUGGGCCAGCUGCUUUUUCAAAUUUUCAAAGUAAUAUUACAAAGAGGGAAUAUCGUAUAAAAUCCAGUGCAAGUCACAGCGAAGGAGAAGAAGAGACAACAGAAGAAAGUGAAGAAAAUAAGAAUUUUAGUGGAAAUAAGGAAGAUAAAAUGAAUAUUGUGAAAAAUAUUCAUUAUCGGAGUAGAAAUGAGUCACCAAAUACAAAAAAAGUUCGUCAAUAUGUUGAAAUAUAA